AUGAGGUCAAAGUCAGCCUUGGUCAAGAAGGCGCUUGGCUUACAAGAUCCUCCCAAUUUACACAAUAAGAAUGCGCUGCCUCAUGAGUCAGAUCCAACGGUUUCAGAAUGGUUAAGCGAAGGCUUUCCCUCCAAACAGCAGAUUGGACACUAUUUCGUGAGAUUGUUGCCCUUCCUGCAAUGGAUCAGACAUUAUAACUUGCAAUGGUUUCUGGGAGAUUUGGUUGCCGGAAUAACGGUUGGGGCUGUCGUGGUUCCCCAGAGUAUGGGAUACGCCAAACUGGCUAAUCUCCCUGUGCAAUAUGGACUAUAUACUUCUUUCAUCGGUGUUGUUGUCUACUGGUUCUUCGCUACGUCCAAAGAUAUCACGAUCGGGCCCGUAGCUACCAUGUCGACAGUUCUCGGUGGCAUUGUCCGCGAGGUUCAAGCGGAACACCCCGAGAUUCCAGCUCCGCAAAUCGCCCUGGCAGUCGCCAUACUUUGCGGAGCUAUUAUCACAUUUAUGGGCCUAGCACGGCUAGGUUUUAUCAUCGACUUUAUCCCGGUUCCUGCGAUUACAGCUUUCAUGGUCGGCUCUGCUUUGAGUAUUUGCUCCGGACAAGUCAAGGGAUUGCUGGGCCAGACGGGGGACUUUCAGACGAGUACUCCUACAUAUCGAAUAAUUAUCGACACGCUGAGAUAUCUUCCCACCGCGCAAGGAUACGAUGCCGCCAUGGGUCUUACAGCACUGGUGCUCUUAUACGGACUGCGAUCAGGCUUCACUUAUGGUGCCGAGAAGUGCCCACGCUUUGCCAAGAUCUUCUUCUUCCUUGGCGCUUUACGCACAGUGUUCAUCAUCGCUCUUUACGCUCUCAUCAGUCUUGGCGUCAACCACCAUCGCCGCGGCAAUCCCGCAUUUGCUGUGGUUGGAACAGUGCCUCAAGGUUUCGACCAAGCCGGUGUCCCUGUAAUCAACACCGAAGUGAUCAAGCUCAUCGUUUCCCAACUUCCCGCCUCUGUGAUCUGCCUCCUCAUCGAGCACAUUGCAGUCUCGAAGACAUUCGGACGUGUCAAUAACUACACUAUCGACCCAUCGCAAGAGCUUAUCGCCGUUGGUAUCACCAACCUCCUCGGCCCCUUCCUCGGUGCCUUCCCAGCAACAGGUGCUUUCUCGCGCUCGGCCAUUCAAUCCAAGUCCGGGGCACGCUCCCCCUUCACCGGCAUCAUUACCGCCUGCGUCGUCCUGAUCGCCAUGUACAGUUUGACCUCCGGCCUUUACUAUAUCCCCAAGGCAACCCUAUCAGCCGUCAUCAUCCACGCAGUCGGAGAUCUGAUCGUUCCACCCAACACUAUCUACCAAUUCUGGCUCAUCUCACCGCUAGAUGCCGUCAUCUUCGCCGUGGGCCUAAUUGUCUCAUUGUUCAGCACAGUCCCAAACAGCAUCUACACAACCGUCUGCCUCUCCGUAGCAGUCCUAUUAUUCCGCCACGCCAAAGCACCAGGCCAAUUCCUCGGCCAAGCCUGGGCAACCGACGAGAACAACCAAGUCCCCCUCUUCUUACCCAUGGAUGAACCGAAAGCGAACCCACAUAUCAAAAUCGAAAAGCCCCGGCCAGGCGUCUUCGUGUACCGCUUCUCCGAGGGUUUCAACUACCCCAACGCUAGCCACUACUUCGACGACCUCGUCCAAUCAAUUUUCAGCCAAACGCGCGGCACGAACGCAGAGAUAUAUACGAAAAAGGGCGAUCGUCCCUGGAAUGAGCCGGUCUCUUCCAAUACAGAUGAUUCACAUCUGCCGAUGCUACGAGCUGUCAUUCUUGACUUCUCGGCUGUCAAUAAUGUCGAUGUGACCUGUGUGCAGAGAUUGAUGGAUAUUCGCACCCAGUUGGAUCGUCGGUCUGCACCUAUUCCUGUGCAGUGGCAUUUCGCCAGUAUUAAGAGUCGAUGGACAAAGCGUGCCUUACAUGCGGCAGGCUUUGGGUAUUCGCAGUCACCUCCGGAGGAGAGUGAGACCAAGACUGAAGACCCAAGCUCGCAGUCAUCCAAAUCGUCCACAGAUGCAGAGAAAGGUGGUAUGGAAAUGUCUGUCUCGCCUGAACUGGCGGCUAUGUCUUUCUCGACGCCCGAUGCAUUGGAGAGUGCGAGUCGGCGGUUUUUCCAUCUUGAUUUGACGAGCGCUUUGCGAAGUGUUGAUGUAUAUUUAGCUAUGAAUUCUUCGAUUUAA